CCGGGGAGAAUUAAAAAUUUUCCAAGAUGGCCGAAGCGAAUUUGUUAACUUGGGCCGGUGGAUGGGGCCUGCCGUCGCUAGAUCCUAGCUGUUUGCAAGCAUUGGUAUGUUAGUGUGUAGAAUACAUGCUUAUCUUUAUUAAUCUGCAAAAAUAAUUCUUGCGAACGUCGUAAAUGUGCUUGAAAAAUCUCCUUAACUCGACUGAGGAGUGGUGCCAGUGGGCUCAACAAUGAACGAUCUAGCUUUUUUUAUGAAAUCUAGUGUAAUAGAAAUUGAAUAAUAGUGGAUAUCUCAAGUGAAAUUCACCACCAAAUGCAAUACUACUACAUAAAAUGAAAAAAGCAUUAUUUUCUAACUUUAAUACCCAAGGAUUCGUAGUAAAUAUGUUAGAAAGUAUCAAGAUGUGGGCCUGAUAUCUCGGUUGCGCAAUGCAAAUUUUCCACACUGGGAUGCACAAUAGUACUUUAGUAAAACCCACCUAUACCAUAUAGAUUGUGAUUGUUUAGUUUUAUAUAUUAAAAUUAUGUUUAGGCAUAUGCAAAGUUUGCUGGUUUUCCAACAAAAGUAACGUGCUGUAAUAACCCAUAUAAAUCACCCACAGGUACGGCCACUUGAUGGUAUUAGAGAGGUUGGAAUUUGAUUUCCACCACCGCUACCUCUCAUUGCCACAAUACGUAUCUGAUUGGUUAAUCGGGCAGAAUAAAUGCAUCUGAUUGGUUAAUGAAAUCUUGUGAUAGCUGUAGUGGAAGUCAAAUGUGAACCCCUACAGAUAUAUUAACAUGGUUCAUUUUGUUAAACUACAUAAUAUAUGCUCAUUACCACCCAAUUGACUUACAUAUGUAAUUGACAUGUUUGUUACCUUUGUUCCAUUCUAUGCUUACAUUAUCAGAACAGUGGUAACUAGGCAUGUGAGUUAUCCCACCCAAUUCACUCACAUAUAUAAUUUAAAUGCUUGGUUACCUUUGUUCAGGGAUGGAUCCAGCAUGAUCAGGUAGGGGGGGGGGGUGUGCUCUGCCAGCUCUGGUGCUGAGUUGUGUCGGUCAUGUGUGCCGCCCGCCCAUCAAUUUGCUUCACUAUUGCAAAGUCUUGCUUGACUACAGUAUUUGAAUGGCAAUUGUUGUUCACAGUUUGCUUAUCCAUCAUGUUAUUACUCAAAUUACUGUAUCUCAUUUUGUCUCUAAUAAUUUUUUGCUUUAUCAUGAAAAAUAGCACCCCCCCCUGCACCCCCUCUGGCCAGGGCUAGGGGGGUGUGCACCCCACAAUAAAUCCAUUCCUGCCUUUGUUCCAUUCUAUGCUUACAUUAUUGAUCAGAACACUGUGGUAACUAGUGGCAUGUGAGUUAUCCCACCCAAUUCACUCACAUAAUUAUAUAAUUUAAAUGCUUGGUUACCUUCGUUUCAUUCUAUGCUUACAUAUACCAAAAUGUGAAUUGGACAUUUCAUAACAACCUUACUAACUUGUUUGUCAUUUCAAUUUCAGCAAUAUUACCGGUACUAAGGUUAACAGAUGAUAUGUUUUGUGGUUCUGAUGAUGUCAUUGAAUAUUUGAGGGCAAAUGUAAGUUUUACGUGAAAUAAUUUGAUUGCAUUGAAAUUUCUGUAGUUAGCCUAACAACUUUUCACUUAAUUUUGUUCAGAACAAUAACACAGAUGAAGAAUUAUCAAAUAAACAGAAAAUGGACGUACUUGGCUUGUGUUGUUAUGUUGAAGAUAUGCUAAGACCAGCGCUGGUUGGUUUUAAAUUAGACACAUGUUUAGCACGCUAUUAUGCUACUUGGUAUCCAAUUCACAUUUUCAACAACUCACAUGCCUAGUUACCACUGUUCUGAUAAUGUAAGCAUAGAAUGAAACAAAGGUAACCAGUUUUCUCCUUCGUUUUAGCUGUAUAUGAAAUGGCUAGUCGACCAAAACUACACUCAAUUUACUCGCGGAUGGUACGCAAAGCAGCUCAAAUUUCCAUACAAUUAUAUCAUUCCUGCAAAAUAUUUUAACCACGCUAAAAACUUCGUCGCACACAAGUUAAAUAUCGAAGAAGCUGACGUUAUAUGUGACGUCACGGAAGAAAAGGUAUCUCGAUUUUAAAAUAUAAUCGUAACAAGAUCGAUAAACUUUAGACCAUCAAUUAAUUGUGUUAUAUUCUACUUUGAUUGAAGCUUAACAAAAGGGCAGAAUCUUGCUUUGAAGUACUAAACAACGUUCUUGGUGAUCAGGAAUUCCUAUUUGGCGAUAGGUUAGUUUACUCAGACAAAAACGUUAUUCAAAUUGAAUGUAAUUUGACGUCUGUGGUGUUACUCUGAGUGUGUAUCCACACCGGGUAAGCUGAAAAGUGUGCCUAACCACGGUGGGGAUCGAACCCGCGACCUUUGAGAUACCAAUUCAAUGCUCUGCCAACUGAGCUAUACGUGGUCAAGUCGGUUCGAGUUGGUGUCUUGACCUCACAGCUUCAACUCGUAGCUUGAAUUCGUACCUUGACCUCGAGUUGGUGUUUUUUUCGGGGAUUACAUUCAUUUACUUAAUAACUAGAGUAGCAAAACAUGUCUGAUAAUAUCAAAACAUGUCUAAUAAUAUUGUCACCGUGAACUCUCAAAAUGAAUUUUCCUUUUUCAGCCCGACAACACUGGAUUCUAAAGUGUUCUCAUACGUAGCAAUAAUGUUGAAAAUACCACUACCGACCAACAAAUUAAAAUCUCGUAUUCUGGAAUAUCCGAAUCUGGAACGAUAUUGCGAUAAAAUACUUCAUUUAUAUUUCCCCACAGGUAAGUUUAAAUCUUGCAACUCAACGAAGAAAAGUGUUUAGCAAUGAAGAGAGUUUAGAUGAUACGCCAAACAGAAAAUGAUGUCUGAAGUUCAGCAAGUUUUGCUUAUAUUGUUAUAUAAAUAUAGCGUCAAUUUUACACCAUCAAUGAUAAUUUAAAUUGACAAUAUUUUACUAUUUUGCGAGGGGCAUAAUAUCACUGAUUUAAAUAACGUACGCCCUCAAAACAAAGCACAAAAAAUCAAAAUAAAAAAUACCAUGGCAAAAAGUGCUAAAAAGCAAAAAGUGAGAGAAAAUUAUAAGAGAAUGGGAAAAAGGUUUUAAAAAGUUUUAAAAAAAAUCCGUUAAAAAAUAAAAAAAAGCAAAAAAUUUUGAAAAUCACAAAAAAAAUGACACGAUUUUUAGGAGUGAUUUGCCCCUCGGUAUUUUGUGUUCCUCAACCGCCAUGAGAUACAUUAAAAAGGUUGCUAACAAACUACAAAACAACCAUGUUUCGCUCGCUAUAUGUAGCUAAAACAAAAUAAUUUUGAGAGGAACGCCGUUUGAAAGAUUUUAGGUUUUGAAGACUUUUUCAUCGCAAAUACAAGACAUUAAAAAAUGCCUUUUAAUCUACAGUUGCCAGGGAGCUCGGGCGACCAGACCCAGUGAAGGACGAGGCGGAGGAAUCACGAAGGAAAAAAAUCAACGCAGUUGUUUCCGUUGGGUUUGCUGUGGUCGCUAUGGUGUUCUACGCCUUGUCCAGCGGUAUCAUCCACAUUGACCUCGACGAGAAAGAAUCUUGCGAUCACUGUCGGGACAAGAAUGCUGGCGAGACUCAUGAGUAGAGAAUUGUGGAACAAUGCGUAGAGGAACAGCGCCAAGCUUCUAUACGCGUAUAUGAUAAAACUAGGCUGUUAUAGCCCUACCACAGUAUCUUACCACGAGGCUUUCUACCAAGCUGCGUGGUAUAUAGGUAACUGAUUGUACUAUAUUGGUAAAUAUCAAGAUUUCGUUCGAUACAACAAUGGCUUUUUGCAGAUGGAAUUUCAGGAUCCUAGUUAGGAUUUAAAAUUUUUUAUAUAAAUUGGCGUUCUCGAAUUCCAUCUACAAGAAGCCCAUCUACUAUAGCGUUUGUUUAACUGACCAGAGUUCUUCCCGGGGGCGGAUCUAGCGGAUUCUAGCCUCAUCUACAAAGAGGGGUGCAGGUUUUCCAUGGAGUGGUGCAUGAGGGAGCCUUACUGCCCACUCUCCUCUGCAGUCUGCAACGCUACUAUCCCAACAUUACCAUUAUUUGAGAUGGCCGAAUCUGCAUGUUCGCCGUUCUGUUACGUUUUACAUUAUCUUUUGUUUAUAAAGUUUAUAUCUGCUUUUUAUCACGUAUGUGUGACUGAACAGUUGCUGCAACACAGUGCAGUAAAAAAUUGCUUGUUAAAGUGCAGUAUUUUCCACAAAAUAUGGCUGUAUAACAACCUAGACAUGUUUACAUAUUUAACCAUGAUAUUAACUGUAACUAAAAGAUUCUGAGUAUUUUCUCGUGAGCUUGCAAAUCAAUUAAAUCGUUUCAACAAAUCGACACGCGCUCUAACAGUAGAAGUUCCGCUAAUCGCUAUUCGCAAAACAGACAAUGCAUGGUUAAAAACACAUUUUUAGGGUCUUUCGUAUGGGCUUCCUGUUCCUUUUAGUAAUCUCAUGUCUUUGUAAAGAACAAGUCUUUUUUAGCGUACAAUAAUAUAUUGUGUAUUAAUUGAAACUUAAUACAAAAUUAUUAUUUGAUUAAAGUUAAAUAAUCACAAGCGAUUCUUUUCGGAGCCAUAACCAGAUCAAAUCAAUGUCAAGAAUGAAGAAAUAUACAAUACCCGAACAUUUCAAAAUAAAGCUAAACUACCCCCAGCCUGUAUACCUAAAGACUAAUUUUGGUGAUUGAUCAAUAAAGUAUAUAUGCGUACUUUAAAUUAUAUUCUAAUUCUGGUUCAUACCUGAAUUAUAUAUCAGAAAUGCGGGAGAAUUGUUUAAUAGUGACUAAUAGUAAUACCUAAGGUAAAUCGUUGAUUAUAUCAACAUAGUUCACGGGGAAAUAUCCAUCUUUACCAUUCACUGUCCCUUCUAGCCAGUUCUCGUCAAUUCGUCCUGUUAGCGUUAUCAUGUCACCCUCAACAAAUUCCAACUCUCCUUCGUUUUCUGAAAAUCAUGAAAUUAGCGCAUGGUGCAUGAGAAAAUAGUUCCAGUAAUUACACGAGGAGUGUUCGUAUAUUGUUUAGUGUAUACAGCUAUUUCAA